GGUUAAACAUGAGUUAAAUGUAUACUAGAGUUAAAACCUAUAUAAAAUACCUAUUUUACCCCUAACUUAUUAUGCCAAUUCCUUAAGUUAUCCUCUUUCUCUCCCAAAGUCCCAACUUGAUCGCCGACUCCUCCGCCUCCAUGUCGCCGGCUCCCGCUGCCGGCGGGGCGGAAGCGGCGGCGCCUCCUGAGCACGGAGAGCGGGUUCUUCGCCCUCGCCAAGACCUUCGCCGCAGGCAUCAUCCUCGCCACGGGCUUCAUCCACAUGCUCUACGACGUCAAGGCCGCGCUCACUGACCCCUGCCUCCUCCGCUUCCCCUGUCGCUCCUUCCCCUUCUCCGGCUUCGUCGCCAUGGCCGCCGCCCUCGCCACCCUCGUCCUCGACUUCCUCGCCACCCAGUUCUACGAGCACAAGCACCGCGCUGCCGCCACCGCCGAGACCGACGCCACGGCAGAGGACGACGAGGGGCGCUCCAUCACCACGGCGGCGCUGGAGCCACCCGUGGACGAGGACGAGGACGAGGGCUCCGCCAAGGGCGGCAACGCGGUGCACAUCGUCAGGAUGCGCGCGCACGCGGCGGCACACGGCCACAGCCACCACCACCACGGCCACGCCCACGGCCACGCGCACAGGCACGCGCACGAGGAUGGGGACAAGGGCCAGGUCUCCUUGCACGUGCGCCACAUCGUCGCCUCCCAGGUGCUCGAUCUAAAGUCUAAACCACCCCUAUUAGCUGUACAUAUCAUCCUGUCACUAAUGACAAUUAUUAAGUAAUUAGCGCUUAAUUAUUUAAUAACUAUGUUCCUGUAAAUCAA